AUGGCCGACAUGAAAAGCGGCGUCUUCGCCAAAAACGUCCAGAAGCGGCUGAGCCGGGCGCAGGAAAAGGUACUUCAGAAGCUAGGAAAAGCUGAUGAAACUAAAGACGAACAAUUUGAAGAGUAUGUUCAAAACUUCAAGAGGCAAGAGGCAGAAGGUUCCAGACUCCAGAAAGAACUCCGAGGAUAUUUAGCUGCAAUCAAAGGCAUGCAAGAUGCUUCUAAGAAGCUAACAGAGUCCCUGCAUGAAGUCUAUGAACCUGACUGGUAUGGCCGGGAAGAUGUGAAAACGGUUGGAGAGAAGUGUGACGUGCUUUGGGAAGAUUUUCAUCAAAAGCUGGUGGAUGGAUCGUUGCUGACCUUAGAUACAUAUCUGGGACAGUUUCCUGAUAUAAAGAAUCGCAUUGCAAAGCGGAGCAGAAAACUGGUUGACUACGACAGUGCAAGACAUCACUUGGAAGCUUUGCAGAGUUCAAAGAGAAAAGAUGAAGGAAGAAUUUCUAAGGCAGAAGAAGAGUUUCAGAAAGCUCAGAAAGUAUUUGAAGAUUUUAAUACUGAUUUACAAGAAGAGCUGCCAUCUUUAUGGUCAAGACGAGUUGGCUUUUAUGUGAACACAUUCAAAAAUAUCUCCAGCCUUGAAGCCAAAUUUCACAAAGAGAUCACUUUGCUAUGCCACAAACUUUAUGAGGUGAUGACCAAGCUGGGAGAACAGCAUGCUGACAAGGCCUUCACCAUUCUCGGAGCACCCAGCGAUUCAGGUCCACUCCGAAUUGCAAAAACUCCAUCUCCCCCUGAAGAGGCCUCACCUCCACUUAGUCCGGAAGCCAGUCCUAAUCAUACGUUGGCACCAGCCUCUCCAGCACCAGCACGGCCUAAAUCUCCCUCACAGCUGAGAAAAGGACCUCCUGUCCCACCGCUGCCUAAACUCACACCAACUAAAGAGCUACAACAGGAGAAUAUCAUCAGCUUGUUUGAUGAUAACUUUGUUCCAGAAAUAAAUGUGACCACUCCUUCACAGAAUGAAGUUCCUGAACCUAAGAAAGAAGAGUCUUUGUUAGAUCUGGACUUCGAUCCAUUCAAGCCUGAAGCUGCAGCUGCUGUACCAGCCCCUUCACCAAUGUCGCAGACGCUACCUUGGGAUCUAUGGACGACAAGCAACGAACUGGUGCAGCCGCCUGAUUCUUCAAAAAGUCUUUCCCAAUGUAACCUGGUCAUGGAGAAAAACCCAAGCAAUGGGUCAACAGAAGAUGGUAACAGGCCCCAAACUGAUCUAGGUUCCCUAGGUGGUAGUGCAGCCAGUGAAAGCCAGGAAAGAGGAGCAGGUGUCUCUUUACCUUUCUCCGAGGCAGAACAGAUUUCUUCAGAAUCGCCUGUUGCACGGGCUCCGUCUACUUGGCCUGAAAUUGGUGAGCAAGAUGAUGGCGCAUCUUGGUUGAGCUCCGUAGAUGAAAGCCAGACGACUUUUCCAGACAUUUACUUGGAAUCAAGCUACAUCGUGGAAAGCAGCACAGAUUUGGUGGAGGAUCACCCGCCUUUAGUGAUCGAAACUUUGGCUCAGUGUCCUGCAGUGGUAAUGGAUAGCUUUUUGGAUGGAGCCCUGAGUAGUGUGGAAAAGGCAGAAGAUGAGAAAAGGAAAACAGAAGAGUCUUUGUGGGCAAGUGUGGAACCAUCUGAAAAGGCGUCUAGCAGUACUUUUAAUGGAUUCACACAGGAUACAUCCCUGUUCUCACUGCAAUCAAGUCAGAAUGUGAUAAACAACUUGGCUGAGGCAGAAGACGCUCCAUCUUUAGACGUCCAAGCUGAGGAAGCCCUCAAUGCCCCUGAUGUGGCUGCCUCUGCUACUGAACCAGAAGCUGAGCCUGUUGUUGAGGCAGCUGAACCACCCACAGAAGCUGUGGAUGCUGUAGAGGCAGGGAUGCAAGAAACCACGGAAUUGGCUGAGAAAGAGUGUGAGUUACAGAUGGAUUCUGUUGUGGAAAGCCCAGUAGCACCCGAGAGUGUCAGUAUCGCUCCCAUAAAUGAAGGUGGUGACGUUGCUGUUGUCACUGAAACAGAAGAAGCUGAUAGCAGUGACAGACCUCACACUGAACAAAAAGAAGCAGCACCAUCUCAGGAAAAUCUCAGCAACAUUCCUUCAGUGGUAAUAGAGCCAGCAUCCAACAAUGAAGAGGAUCACGACAUUGUAGUGAACGAAGCAAAAGACACUGUGGAAGACACGAGUGCUCAAGGCACUGAAGUCCUGGCUGGUGAACCUUCUGAGGCUGCAAGCGAGCCCAAAACCAUCAAGGACGGCCAGUCAGCACCUUCUGAGGAACAGCCUGUGUCAGCAGAUGAUAGCAUGCCGCCCGGCUGCCUCUUCAAGGUUGAAGUGCUACAUGAUUUUGAGGCAGCUAAUAAUGAUGAGUUGAACUUGGUGCGUGGAGAUAUCGUGUUGGUAAUCCCAUCAGCAGCAGCGGCGGAUCAGGAGGCUGGCUGGUUAACGGGCAUUAAGGAAUCCGACUGGCUUCAGUACAGAGAUGCAGCUAUUUGUAAGGGACUCUUCCCCGAGAAUUUCACCCGCCGUUUUUAAUAAUUCUCAGCUCAGGCAUGAAGAGCACUGUAGGAAGCUCGGCCCCUACAUUUCCAACCUCUCCAGUACACAGGAGCCCACUUUUACAGAUGAGCCGUCCCAGUUUACAGACUGGUGCCAGACCCAAAACAAACAAACAAAAAACCUGGAUGAUGCAUAUCAAACAAGCAUGAUUGCAAGAAGUUAAAAGCUAGCAUAUUCUGAAGCAGUACGUGGGGGGAAAAAGUCCUUCUUUGUUCACAUAGAUGUGGCAACAGGUUUGUUUGUACUUUUGUCCGAGUUAUGGUGAUCCUGUACCUUGAUCCUUUCCCCAUGCAAAUCUGAGUAGCCUCCUCAAUACCAGAACCUUAACUUCUCUGCACUAAGUGUAUCGUAUUGUUGCUGCACUGCAGAAGACUUGAGUAGUAACCCUGUAGUAAUGAGGUCCAUCUAUUCUGAUUUUCAGUGUGUGUGUGCGGGGGGAGGAAUCUGCUGCAAAGUUUUUCAAUGUUCUUUUCAAACAUACAUAAAUAUAUAUGAAUAUAUGUAUAUACACACACAUGCACGCAGAUGUAUUGUAUGUGUAUAUGACGCAGUGCAUAAAGAUCACCUGUAGUCUACCGGCAGUGUAUCUGCCACAAAGGGCGUGGCUUUCAAGAGCGGUAGCAAACCCGGAAAGGAGCCAGAAGAUCCACAAGUCUGUCCCUGGCUAUGGCAUAUGGUCAGGGCUAAAUUCCUGACUGUGUAGCAGAGGAAAAGGAAAAGCCUGGUUAGGGAUAAAAAGCUGUAGGUUUGUACAGUAGGGCUUUCAAAAGUGGCGCUCUCUGAACUGGCGGAAUGCCUGCCCAGCCAUAGGCUGCCACUGAUCUGUAUGCAUUUACACAUAUCCUUCCCCUUCUUUGUAGUUCCUUGAUGUAGUAUUGCUCAUACAGGCAUUUUGUUCUUAUUGUCUGGCAUUACAGUAAAGAAUUCCGUUCCAAAUGGGAAACCAGCUGCUCCAUUGCCAAAACCAUUAGACGAUGAUAUCUGCCUUUGUAAUGCAAAACUAUCAUUCCGAGAUGACAAAAAAAUGUAUCAAGCUCACGUUCAAAGCUGCUAUUUUUAAAAAAAACACCAGGGAAGGCAUGGCUCAGUCGCCUCUGUAUUACCAACUGCUACAGCUAGGGAUGAGAUAUUUCAGAUGAGGGGGGCGGGUUGUGAUGCUAAUUUUAUUUUAUUUUUAAAAUUAAUUGGAUGGGUGAUACAUUGAUUCUAGUCUGAAAAAAAAGAU